AUGUCAGGAAUAUAAUUUGAGAGUAUAGGAUAAUCAAAAGUUGCAUAUUUAAAUUCUUAAUAAUUUCAAUAAUUAAUUAAAUAAUGUCCAAAAGAAUUUUAAAAAUAUAGAAUGUUAGUAGAUACAAUAAUUUUAGAUAAUGAUCCUUAUUUGGCAAAGAUUUAUUGUUUUGGAUGUCUGUAAGCUCAUGAUAUAACAAAUUGUCCAUAUGUAAAUUAUAAACCUAAUAAAUAUUAUUUAAUAAAUAGUUAUAAAGCUCAUAAAGAAUAAAAUAGAGUGUCUGAUUUUAAAAGAGUAAUAUUUUAUUAUUAUUUUGUUAGGAAAUAGCUAAAAAGAAAAAAAAAAUAAUUACAAGAUCCGAAAUGAAUUAAGAAGAUUCAGAAUCCUUUGAGUCAGAAGAGAAAGAUAAAGUGGAACCUUUUAAUAAAAUUCUCCCUUCAUUAAACUCUUCUUCUUUAAGUUUGAAUAAUACUCCUAUUAAUUAACUUGAAAUAAGUUCUGUUCCUUAUAUAAGUUAUUCCCACAGUGGAUAGACUUUGUAUUCUAAGAAAAUGGAUUCAGAUAAUUUCUUAUCAGUUUAAGGAAUUAGUAGUAGUAAUAGUAGUAGAAAGAUAAUUUAGAAUGAGAUCAAAGAAGUAGGUUAAUCUAAAUUCUAAAAAUAUGGAUAGUAGGAAGAAAUGAAUGGAUCUUCCUUUUAAUAUAAUCCUUUAUCAAGAGUUUAGGAUAGUUUUUUUCAAACUAGAAUUAAAUUUUAAAAGAAUUAAUCCAACAAAUAAGCUUAAUAUUAGAAAUAUCAAACAGAUAUUCCUUAGUAAUAAUAAUAAAGAGAUUCCAGAAAAAAUUAAACAAUGAUGAAUAAUUACUCUAGUCUUGAUAAUUAGAAAAAAUAAAAAAAGAGAAGAAUAUCAAUAGAAGCUAAUUUUGUACAAUCAUUUGAAAAAAUUAGCUAAUUUGAUGACUAUUUUCCUCAUUACAAUGUAGAUUAAUAAAUAAAUAACUAUUAAAGAAUAUAAUCUGUUAAUAAAGAUAGUAAUUAAUGA